UGAGCAUAUCCGCUGUCCUCUGCGAGCCAAUCUUCAAUGCUGUCUUCUGGCAGACCAGUGACUUUAGGCGCGCGCAGUCCUCAUUAAUAGCCGUGCGGAUUGAGAAUUAACACCGUUGCAAGGCAUUCUCCCGCAAAAAAUGCGUGUCUCGACAACUAGACAGGAAGUUCACAGCUUACAGGAACUUUCCUGUUAGGGUUUGUACUGUAGUCGCAAUUAUUUCCAGGGAAUUCUAUAUUUGCUGCUUUGCCGUUGCAUUUGCACUGUUUUACCAGAUUCCAGUCCUGUUUUGAGCACUUUUUCACAGGCCGAUGAAUCCAUUUUGCAAACCCGUCUCGUAUAUAUCCUACUUCGUUUGCGUCUUUAGGGAUUAGUGUCGUGUGGGGGCUUUACGGACUUCCUUCUAGAACUGAACUCUUUCGAACUGCUACGCUUUUGCUUAACUGUCUCCCUUUGAAUAGGGAGGCCUGAUUUUCGAAACAGGAAAUGUACUUACGCCUCAGACUUAUGCCCGAACCCUCCCUCAUAGACUGAAAUGGGUAGAGGUGGUGGACCAAUAAGGGGUUUAGUAUUUAUAGAAUGUAUUUGCUACAAGACCACACUCCUGGCAAACUUGACAGUUUCGUAAGCGCAUGUCGCAUGCCGCCAUCGCCUAAUUUAUUGUCGUUCAUAAAACAAUUACUUUUUUCCUGCUGUCGCUGUAUUCUCACAUUACGCAUUCCCCUUAUUUACUAUGGAAUUCACGACUAAAAAUCCACCUGGCUGCAAAUAAGCACCAAAUAAUAGUUACGUGUCCUCUCCUUGUGCUAAAUACGCCUGCAAAUUACCCUUAUUAAUUUAAUUUGAUAAGUAUUAUAUAAAUUUCUCAAGUCUCUUUAAUAAGGAUACCCAGGUGAUCUUGUGCUGACAGAGCAAGUGUUUACUUUUAUUUUACCGUUUGUUUUACUAUAUGGGUUCGUUUUAUUUUUCUUUGUAUUUUAAGAUGUGUAUUGCCACCUACCUCCUCUCCUCGCCCAAAGCGCCAAAAAACUCUGGCGGGAAGCUAUGGAAUCAUCAAGUCGAUACUACUCUCGCCGGUAUAUCGGACACCAAUUUCCCUGUGUGGUCUUCUGUUUCAUUUUUCUAUAUGAUUUUUCAUGGAGCAAUGGGGUAAUCCGAGGAAAAACUUCUAGAGAGCAAGCCCUUUUAGUCAUACCGAUUGAUUCAAGUGACGCCAGUUCCCUAAGGUGUCUGCUCUCUCCAUCUUCAGUCCUCACUAUGUAUGCACACUUUACGACGUUUUUUAUGCCUCUACUUCAGACGGGACGCUGUCGCGUCGUCGCCGCUUGUGACUACAUGAACCUUCUCUGCGUCUCCCAGCCGUCCGCUAACCCCCUUGUCAAGGGCUUUGGCUUUCGAAAGGUCAGUUGCUAGUCAUUUCCAUUGUACUACCCUUUAACUUUCCUCUCUGUCAUGCGUCCAUCCACUUCGACCGGCUUUCUGUACUACCAACCUUUCAUUGACACUUUCGAAAUACUGGGUCCGCCAUUUUUUCACAGUGUUACCUUUGAAUGGCCUCUCAUGAUGUGUUUGUGUUUUUCUCCCCUCCUCUGGCUUAGGUACACACUGGCGAACUGCGUCCACUCAAGUACAUCCACUUACACUCACAACCCAUUCGAGACCUUGCCUUCCAUCCCGAACAUGAGGAUGGCAUAGUCGUCUCCGCAAGCAUGGACAAGUCGCUCAAACUCACCAGUCUGCUUGUUGAUCAGGUAAGUUAUCUCUCUGCUAGAAUUUCGCUUUCUUCAGACAUUAGGUAAACACUUCUCCCCCUCUCUCCUGUCCUGUCGGUCAUCGCUCAAGACCGUGCAAACUUCUUACGUUAAGUCUCCCAAUAAGUGUGCUCCAAUCACGUCUCAUUUAACACCACCAAACUCUUUCUCUGUUCAGUACUUUCCCCCCUAAGACACCCCGGUUUGAAAAUUUUUCUCCUGAGACCUGAUGCCAUUGUCUUUGUUGCCUCUGAAAUACGUGCAUAGUUUUGUCACCCGCUGUGUCCACGUCNACAAUAAGAUAAAUUCGAAGUUACCGGAUAGUAGUUUUAAGUCACUCACCCUGACUGCAGCAGGUGAUACAGACAUUUCAGAUCACAAACGGUUGCUAUGCAACCGCCUGAAUUGAACUCCAAGAAGCCAAAAUGAGGAGCUCAAAGGAGUUCCAUGAACACCAACCCAACCAAGUGGGAGUAAGUAACGGUAAUCAAGUAGAAUGUUUCCAAUAAAGUGACCGUCGGUAAUCACAAGUCCUUCGCUGUCAGACAUUUUUGAAAUAUUAUCGAGCACAAUUGCUGUCCGUUACCAAAUUACAGUAGGUGCAGCGGCCGAUACCGACUAACAAGCGGUCACUAUUCAACCGCCUGUGAAGGGCUCUAGAUUGAGUUAUAAGGAGGAACUGCGCGAACACGUCCAGUGAUCAGAUGGGCGUUUGGUCCGAUCGUAGAACGUUGGACGUAACGCUCAAUAACCGAAAACUCCGAGUUUGAAUAUCUCAGGUUAUUAGGGCCUAGUAGUUGUACUUCGUACGUCUGCGAUCAUGCCUGAUCUAACCGGCCUUGAUGAUGUUCUAAUUAGUCCUCUCCACGCGUGACGAUCCGCGGCAGCAGAUCUGGACAGUUUAACCCAUUCUCUUCGCCAACGACAGAGACCAAGUAUCGAAGGUCCAAGAACCACCUUCAUGCCUUGACGAACUGUGUCGAGCCAUAUUUCGAGUUGACCUCCGUUUCGAGAAGAUAUGCCGGACAGUGUACGUGAAGUAUGUCCAACAACAGUAAUUCAAACCUGGAGUUGAAGAUGGCUGACUGAAGACGGCUAAUAAACCAGAUUUGGACACCACAGUCUCCGUCAACUUCGUCAGUGCUUGCUCUAUGCGAAAAUUCGCAUUGCUUCGGAGUCCCACGAUAAAUUCCACACGCGGACGCUCACAGAUGGGAGACCGAAGGGCGACCCAGUCUCUAACUCUUAAAGCUCGGUAGCAUGUCCUCGUUUCACCCUGUGGUCCUCAUGGAUCCACUAAUGCCACUCGCAUGUGACUUUGAGUGUUCUCGAUGGCAGUUGAAAGGCGUGAACUCUCAGCUACUGGAGCGUUUACUCUGGUGCUCAGUAGUCAGAGAACCUGCAGUAGGACUUUCAAGACCUCAAUCUCGCUGACGAAAGGAAGCAAAUAAGUCUAGAAUGGUCACGCAAGACACCUCAGUCACUUUCGCGGACAUUUCUCAAGGUCCAAUUGUUUUGAGAAAUUUCAGCAGGCUUCCCGCAGGGAAAUGUCGCUGUGCCGGCCAGACGCUUCCAAGAUCUUAAGCCGUCACACAAAAGAGGCUGAUAAUUUUAGGUGUAGUCGAAAGACACCUACCAUGCCUCGGAGACAGGCCAAAGGGGGUGUACUAAUUCAUUCGGAUGUCAGCUGCACCCCAAAUGACCGAAUAUCACUGAGAUUCUUUGAGGUAGGACGGUGGGAGCACUUAUGCAACUAAACGUGAACAGCCAAGCGUAUAAAAGAGGACACGCUGCAAGAUAAUUCUCAACCGACUUUACUCUGUUGCUUAUGCAUUUAAGUACAAUCCCGAGCUGAUGAGGAGGGUUGGCCUGUCUGACGCGCAGAAAAUAGGUAAUACAAAGAGCCACGUGAACUCCAAAUGUUUGCUUGAACUUCCACACGAGGCAUUCCCCAUGAGUUUAGAAAGUACUCCAAAUCGUCACUCCUAUGCCAUACGCACGACAUUAUGAUUGACCCACCGGAAAAAAAAGGAACUAAUUAGAGAGUAACCUCGCGGCUAGUCAUGGCCAAGGCCCUGUGAAAGACUUCCGUAUUCGAUCGCAGACGAGCUACGCGAGUCAAAACCUUAUCGAAUAGUGGAGACGCACCUGCGACGACGUUGAGUGGGUGGCGCGGACAUCGGCCCUAGUACACCGCGUCAGUUCGACAAGUGUACGCGGUAAGGAACGCGGUAGAAUUUGCUAUCCAAGCUUGGAGACCCUGGACCGCGAAGGACCUCAGCAUCCUUGAAAGGGUUCAAAGGCGUGCGACGAAACUUGUGGCAGGACAGGGUUCACUACCAUAUGCAACGCGGUUAGCUAACCUUCAUCUCUUCCCCUUGAGUUACAGGCAGUUACGGGGUGACCUGAUACAAGUCUUCCGUAUCAUACGCGGUCAGGACUGCAGCCUCGUACCGG